AUGGCCGGCCUCCUCAGGAUGCUGGCGCACUGCAAACUCGUCCUCGCAUUUGGCCGCCGCAGCACGCUACGCAGGGGAACCAGACAUGUACUGACCAUGACGGCGGCACGAGAGUUCUCGUUGUCGUUGUUGCUACUCAUUGAAUCCAGAAAGAGGGAUGCUGGCGGCACCAUUUUGCAAAGAGGAGUUGACAUUGCAACAAAAACUCUACAGUGGCAGGCAAUUAUCCUUGGGAAGCACCACUUGGAAACGCUAGCAACAGGGCAGCUACUUGCCGUCUUGCUGGCUAACCAGGGCCGAUAUCGGCGUUGCAUCGCCAUGUACGAGGCUGUAAUCCGCAACGCAUUUAUCAGGUUGACUCACAAGCCCUCAUUGCGCCGAUACAGACCUGACAACGAGUUUUCAAGGUUUUUCACGAAGGUCAAGUUUGUUUUGCCCAGCCUAGACGACGAGCAGGCCUUAGUGUCACUGAAUAACCAAAGAAAUGCACCAACAUCUGGAAAUCCAGAUCUUCCAGGCACUUCACUAAAGGCCGCUGAGCCGCCCCACUUAUCCCCUUCAAGCGCCAGUGAAGCUAAACCAGGAACAGGGGACGAGAAGCAUGACAAUGCAUCUCCCCCCGCACAAAAGGAUAUUUCAAAGGCAAAUAUGAUCCAGCUGGACCCUACGGAUCAUCCUAUAUUUCCCUCUAUGCAGUCCAGAGCCGCGAGCGACAUGGUCGGUCCGGUCAUAUCUGACUUGGUCAGCGACAUGUUCGUGGUGUAUAUCAACUUUGCGGUGGAUACGAAACUGGUUUCCAGGCUAGUUUCGCUCUUUCUCCUGCUUGACUACCUUGAAAAGCAAAGCUUCAAAAAUGUUUCUUACGACGUAUUUCAGACCGCCUGUACAAAGUCUGGGGGAGAUAUUACUUCCCAUUCUUUUUUAACAUGGCUGUUGGACCAUUCCGGCACGUCAGCGUUGCAGGUUAUGGAGUACAUUGAGCACUACCCCUACAGAAUCCCCAAGGAGGAUCUUUUCGACCAAGAUAGUGAUGUUAUAUUCUUGCUGUGCCAUCCGACCGGAAGAGAAAACAAAGGAUCUGCUUGCAGUGGCUGCAUAAUGGACCGCUAUCUGGGGCACUUAUUGGCGAAAUCGGAAGCAGCAGUUUCCAACGCAUGCCAGCUCAUCCUGUCAGGUGACGCCAGAAGGCUCUCAGCAGUUGCCCAAUCUUAUUCGUUUCCCUUGGAGAAGCUCAACAGGGCAGUAUGCAGGCUCAAAGUAAUACUGCUGAUGCUAGGAAAGCUAAGGGAAAAGAGUGUACAAAAGGAAAAGAAAGAUGAACCUGAUACUCGCGACCUCUUCAAACGGUAA